CACUCACAAUUUCAUUUUGAAAAUCAAAAACCGAAGAGAAGAGAAGAGAGCAAUGUCGAAGUUCGAGUACCCGCGACUCUCUCGAUCGGAGAUUGUUAAUAUUCUCGCCGAAGCUCAAAUCAUCGCCAUCUCAGACCACGAUCUCAUCAAGCCCAAUCCCGAUUUUGUUUCUGACCUCUACACUCGCAUUUUGAUCUACCUCGACUUCAUUCACGAGGAAGAUCAUGAACAGGUUGAAUUUUCUGCUCUUGAGCAGCUUGAGAAUCCGGAUCUUCAUGUUGAUUCGGUCAGGAUCGUUAAGUUGUUUAAUAGGAUAAAGCAAGUGGUGGCUUCGUUAGCUUGCCCUAAGAGAUUUACUCUCAAAGAUCUCAUCAAACCGGAUAUGGAGCGCACCGAGUAUUUCAUCAGUGCCCUUCUCAAUUUCUGUCUUCACAAAGAGACAAAAAUGGCACUCUUAUCGCCAAUUGUUAAUGAGCUAACACUUCUCGAGGAUCAGCGUAAAGAUUGGGAGGACAAGAUUUCUCAGUUAAAUGCAGAGAUUGCUGAGUACAAUGAAGCAAGAGAAACAGAGUUGCCUCUUGUUCAUGACGUAGAUGCAAAGGUUAAAGAAUUGCAUCAAACCAUUGGAAGCCUUAACAGUAGCCAAGCAUCACUCAGAAACACUUUACGAAAGCUGAAAGAGAAGACUGGUGAAAUGGAUGAGAAGAUUUCUAGUGCAGAAUUUGCUCUUGUGCAAAGUGCCCAAGAAAAUGCAAACUUACGUUCAAAGAUUGUGCAGUCACCAGAUAAACUGCAGAAAGCUCUGGAGGAGAAGAAAUCGGUCCGGGAGGAGGCAAAGAAUACUGAAAAGUUGGCCAUGCAAUCUUUCCAGGAGAAGACUGCCGUAGCUGAGAUUUAUGCCAAGGUUUCUAAGAAAAUGAUAAAGCACUUAACUCAAAUGCAGGCCAUACAGGAACAGGUAAACUCUGCGAAAUCUGUUGAUAAAGACUACAAGGCUUUAAAAGCUAAACUAAGUGAUGAAGUAGUAUUGGACAAGUCACUAGAAGCCAAAUUGUUAGAGCGGCGGGGAAAAGUGGACCAGUUGGAGGAAUACAAAAGGCAAUUAGAAAAAGAUAGAGAACUCAAAUGUGAGGAAGCUAGCAAAGAGCUUGAUCAAGUAAAACUUGAGGUGGAAUCUAGGAGGCGUAAUUUGGAAGCACGACAGAAGAAUGUGGAAGCUGUAGUAGCAGAGGUGGAUGAUAUAACUUCAAGAACAACACAAGUUCAAGUGUCUGGAGCAGCUAAACAGCAAGAGUUACUUUCAAAGUGUGAGGAGCUUGCCAAUGAGUUUCACCAGUAUACGAAUUCUAUAAGCGACUCGAUCACUUUGAUGGAUUUCCAAGCAAUGAACAAUUGACGAAAAAUAUCAAACUCUGACUGUAAGUAUUUAGCAUAUGGAAACGGUUUGGACGACUUUUGGGUGACUUGAAUUCUUUUAUUUUGAGUUAAUUUGGGUAAUUGUUUUUUGGUUCACUCCUACCUAGAUUUCCAGAAAUUGGCUGCUUAGUUCUUUAAUAACUGUAGAUGUUCACCAGUACAUGAACAUGUUGUUCAAUCUUUCACAACCGCAUUGUAGCUACUUUAAUACAGUAAUAGAUCACAACGAUUCUGACUUAAACAUUUUUGGCAUAAAUACAAAGUGUAUAUAAUAUAUCACUGUUUGUUUCAGCAACUAGUGAGCAAUCUCCACCACAAAAUCUCACUCAAAUUUAUGUCAUUCUCUUCAUCACAUUUUCAACCUUUGAAGUUCAACGCCUUAGGAAAGAGAGGGUCGGGUUUACUUGGAAAUUUGCUUGAGGAGCCCAGCCACAGAAGCACAGUGUGUGGAGUUGUUAUUACACUUCUCACAACAUGAUUGCAGCUUUUGAAUGACAGUUACACACCUGUCAAUUAAGUAAGAAGAUUAUGUAUCUAUAUAUUACUCAAUUCAAGCUCUAUGGUAAAUACUAUUGUGUUGUGAUUGUAAGAUAUGCCUACUUGGGCUGCUGCUAUAAAGUUCAAUUUAUAAUCCCAUUAGUAGUAACAAAGAACAUUCCUUCAGUGUUUUAAUAGAUCUUGCUUUCACAUAGUAGAGCUUGUGAUCA